GGGACAUCGGGCUCACGGGGACUCAAUGGGACUCUAGCUGUGGAGUCUGGCCUAGCACAGCUCCCACCCAGCUUUCCAGGGACAUCGGGCUCACGGGGACUCAACGGGACUCUAGCUGUGGAGUCUGGCCUAGCACAGCUCCCACCCAGCUUUCUAGGGACAUCGGGCUCACGGGGACUCAACAGGGGCAUCACAGGUAGAUAUACUCCGGGCACGCCAUGGGGCGGUUCAAGUAAGGGUAGUCUAGGCGUGUAUUAGGGGCAGUUCAUGACCCGGGUGGUCAGUGCGCACAACAGGGACAGUUCAGGACACAGGUGGUCGGUGCACACAACAGGGACAGUUGCGGACACGGGUGGUCGGUGUGCACAACAGGGACAGUUCAGGACAC